AUGGGGCUGUGCAGCAAAAACAAAGGCCGCACCCCAGCCCGCCGCAAUAAGGCGGUGGAUAUCGAGCCCACGGCGGCAUCCCCAGUGGAACCCGUGAAGGAAGCAGCGGAGACGGAAGCGGCAGCAGCAGAAAUAGAGGAGGCCAGAGUCUCCUCCGGCAGCCUAAACGAGAGAAAUACUCAAGAGGCAGAGCCAGCACUUCCCGAAACACCCGCAGCAGCAGUGACAGCUGCAGUGGCAGCAAUAGAAGAAGCCGCAGCUGCAGAAUCAAAUGAAGACUCAGCAAUCGAGACAAAACAAACUCCGGAUAUUGUUGGUGUCGUUCUGAUCCACGGAAAUGCACCACCGACAAGACACGACUCCACUGCCACCUCCUGUGCAGGAAUGACAGAUGCGGAGGCCCUCAGCAGACGCGUUACGCUGCAGCAACAGCACCAGCAGUUGGAGGAACAGCAGCAGAAGCAAGAACAGGAGCAGCCACAAGAGCAGCAAGAUGAACAGCAACAGCAGCAAUCAGAGCAGCGCGAAGAUGUGCAGGACAAACGUGAGACCAGGGACAAGCAGCUUGAUGACGCAGCUGCUGCAUCGUCAACCGAGCAGCAGAAGGUGGAACAGCAGCAGCGAGAAGAGCAGCAGCAAGACGGGGCCUCCGCUUCUGCUGCAGCAGAGUCUGCGGACGAGCCGUCAGCUCCUCCCUCUCCCCGCACGUUUACUUCCAAAGUGCAAGAGACGUUUGCUUCUGUAAAGAGGAGCAUCAGCCGCGGCUACCAGAGCCUCAGUUCAAUUAACGUGGGAGGCAACCGCACGGCAGCAACUGAGUCAAGAGGCGGAGAUCUGUAUGGGUCUGAGCCCCCUGCUUCCGAACAGUGCGUGUGCAACGUUUUAAAUGAUAUCACUGAGCUCAGCGAGAAGGCUAUGCCCUGCAUUCUGGGCGACAACUCAGAAAGCGAGACAGAAGCUGCUUCACCUUUGCCGCCACCACAGAUCAAGAUGAUUGUUAAUACACCCAGCGGGCCCUAUAUCCGCUUCAUUCCCGAAGGGCUCUUGGGGGACGCCAUUAAUAUGGGAUUUAUCUCUGAAGAAGAAGUAGAGAGGCAGCGAGAGGAGUGGGCAGCCAGGUACGGCAUUAGGCCGAUUUCAUACACGCCCGCGGCAUCAUUUGCGCACGAGCAGGCGAAAGCCUGA